GUUUGCUGAAUCCCAUUCAAGCUCUCCUGUGAAGCCGGUCAUGAUGGAUAAGGACAGUUUCAUUCUCCCAAAAGACUUUCCAGAGUUGAGGAAUGACACAUUCCUGAGAGCGGCGCGAGGAGAAGAGAUCGAGCACAUUCCAGUGUGGUGUAUGAGACAGGCUGGACGCUACCUGCCAGAGUUCAGGGAAUCACGGGCAGGGAAAGAUUUCUUUGAGACGUGUCGUUCCCCUGAAGCUUGCUGUGAGCUUACAUUACAGCCCCUCAGGCGAUUCCCAUUUGAUGCUGCCAUCAUCUUCUCCGACAUCCUGGUGGUCCCUCAGGCCAUGGGAAUGGAGGUUCAAAUGUGUCCAGGAAAGGGCCCCACUUUCCCAGAACCACUGAAGGAGCCUGAGGAUCUGCAGAGGCUGAAGACUCAAGUGGACGUGUAUUCUGAACUUGACUAUGUUUUCAAAGCCAUCACACUGACACGGCACAAAAUAGAGGGGAAAGUUCCUCUCAUUGGCUUCACUGGAGCUCCGUGGACUCUAAUGUCCUACAUGAUUGAAGGAGGAGGCUCUGCGACACACUCAAAGGCUAAACGCUGGCUCUACCGGUACCCAGAGGCCAGCCAUAAACUCCUGAGCCAGUUAACAGACGUCAUAGUGGAAUAUCUGCUUGGCCAGGUGAAAGCUGGAGCUCAGGCUCUGCAGGUUUUCGAGUCUCAUACUGGAUGUUUGGGCCCAGUGGAGUUUAAAGAGUUUUCUCUGCCGUAUCUGAGAGACAUUGCUCGACGAGUUAAAGACAAGAUCAAAGAAUCUGGUUUAGACAAUGUGCCUAUGAUUGUUUUUGCCAAAGAUGGUCAUUAUGGGCUUGAGGACCUCUCUGAGUCUGCUUAUGAAGUUGUGGGUCUCGACUGGACCAUAGACCCACGUUCAGCACGUGUGAGGACUGGAGGCAAGGUUAGUUUGCAAGGCAACAUGGACCCCUGUGCGCUCUACGGCACAAAGGAGAGCAUCUCUGAGAUCGUGAGGAGGAUGUUGGAGGGCUUUGGCACAAAGGGCUACAUCGCUAAUCUGGGUCACGGCCUUUACCCUGAUAUGGACCCAGAAAAUGUGGGCGCAUUCGUGGAGGCUGUACAUAACCACUCUCGCCAGCUUCUCAAACGCUAAUAAAAAAGUCCUCUUCCAUCAGAAGACCCAAGAAACAACAGUGCUUAGCUGUAGCACCAGAUAAAUGCUAUAGGAUGAGUCCUACAAAACCUGUCAAGAAAUGAGGAAGAAAAUGUCAGGAAACCUGUUGAAAAUGCUUGGAAUCUCUAGAUUCACGAUUCAUAACUACGUGUUGAGUAAUUGGUUUCAUUCUGUAAACUAUUGGUUACUAAACUUUAAAGAAAAGUAAUCACUAUUGUUGAUGGAAUAACACAUUUUGAAGUA